GGCGCAGCCUCGGGGCCCCGGAACCAUGGUGAAGUUGGGGAACAAUUUCGCGGAGAAGGGCGCCAAGCAGGCGUUGCUGGAGGAUGGCUUCGACACCAUCCCCCUGAUGACGCCCCUCGAUGUCAAUCAGCUGCAGUUCCCGCCCCCGGAUAAGGUGGUCGUGAAAACUAAGACUGACUAUGAGCCCGACCGCAAGAAAGGCAAAGGGCGCGUCCACAAGAUCGCCGAGUUCACGGUCAGCGUCACCGAGAGCAUGUCCGAGAGGUUCAAGGUCUCCGUGCUGGUCUUCAUCGCCCUGGCCUUCCUCACCUGCGUCGUCUUCCUGGUUGUCUACAAGGUGUACAAGUACGAGCGCCUCUGCCCCGACGGGUUCAUCCUCAAGAACACGCAGUGCAUCCCCAACGGGCUGGCGGCCUACUACGCGGAGCAGGACCCGCACUCCCCGGACAAGUUCUACGCGGUGGUGAACCACUACAACCUGGCCAAGCAGAGCAUCACGCGCUCCGUGUCGCCCUGGAUGUCCGUGCUGUCGGAGGAGAAGCUGUCGGAGCAGGAGACCGAGGCUGCGGAGAAGGCCGCCUAGCCGGUGGGCAGUUCCUGACGGGGGGCCACCUGCAGGCGACAGAGGGACUCAGAGGGACAUUUCAUUAAAUAUAAUUACCGGUAAUUUAGAGGUUACUCAUUAUGGUGCAACCGCUUCCGUCUGCUAAUGCUGCUUUGCAAAUAUAACUUGCAGCCCACCCCGGGCAUCCCCGGCGUGUGCCGCGCUGCCUGGAGGGCUGGCGCCACUUUCCGCGGGAGGAGCCUUCACGUAGCUGCUGCGCUGCGAUUGAUUGGAUGUGGCCAAAAAACAAACUUACACUGGACAUGCGAGGGGUUUGGAUUUCAGACAAAUAAUGUGUUUGUGGAAUUUUUUUUAAAAUCCUCACCUGAGGAUACACUUUUUUAAAUUGAUUUUUAGAGAGAGAGAGAAGCUUCGAUGUGAGGCAGAAACAUGGAUCAGUGUCCUCUAGUGCUCGCCCUGGACGGGAUCAAACCUGCAGCCUGCUGGUGUGCGGGCUGACGCUCCAACCUACUGAGCCACCUGGCCAGGGCUAUUUGGGACCUAAUGCCCCAGCCACUGAGAGCAAGCGGUGCUCCCGCUCCCGCCAGACGGCACCAGUGUGAGCUGUGCAGAGGACGUGUGCCACCAGGUCACUGUCAGGCCCAGUUUUGCUCGAGUGCAUGUCAUUGAGUCAGUGGGUGGGGAGGGGCCUCGGGAAGGGUGACCUGGGCCCGGGCUGCAGAGCGCCCUGUCCCUGUAGUCGUCCUGCUCGUGAUGUGUUGGUUGAACAGGAACGCAGCCCACGGGCCCCCUCAUCACUUCUGUCCUGAAUACUGGCGCACCAACAGCCCUAUUGGCAAGUUAGUUUUUAAACAGAUAGUUGGGUGGGAAAAGUGAAAGUGUCAUUGCUGGGGGCCAGGGCACUUUAACUUAAUUUUGUGAAACAGAUGUAACUCCUUCGACGGCAGAAGCAGGCAGGAAAGGCUGGGGCGGGGCUGGGCGGCACCUCGCAAGUCCAGUUAUGACAUUUCAACUCACAACCUUUGUAAGAAUGUUGUUUCAACCGAAUCUUGACAUUAAAGUAUAUGUUUAUAAACUGCCAGUUAGAUAAGUAAGUGUGUAAGACGAUUAAAUAGAACUAAGACAUCA